UGGAACUCUUUAGUUAGUGUUCCGCGGAUCGGACUGUCUCCACCGCUACCCGUCCAGUCACGCUCUGCUUCUCAUGUCCCUCGGCUGUGACGCAACUACCUACGAUGACCAAGGCGAAGAUGAGUUGGACACGGAGCACUAUGACCAACUAGAUUUUAGUGACGAUGUCGAUUUUGCCCCUCCAGUGCCGAAGGUACGUUUGCCUCACAUUCCAAUCUUGUCAGGUUAAAUCGGCUGUCAAUGACAGUAAAGAUAAACGUGUUUCAUCAAGGUAUCAUAAUCAGUACUCCAGCGGGCACGCAUCACUUGACGACGACACUACUGAUGAAGGCGAGUUGAAAAGUGAAGAAAGCGACAUUGAAAUCAGCGACAGUUCAGAAGAAGGCGAAGUUCUCUCAGACUUAGACGAGGUUGAUGCCAAAGUAGAACAUUUGGCUGCAAAGGAUGAGACACCGUGGGAACGUGGUUUGCGUUUGGCUCGUGAGCGUUUGGAAAAAGCAAAAGCUUUGAAAGCUGCCGAGAAGGAUUUGGCAGAAAAACGGAUGACAUUGAGCAUUCCAGUCCAGAUGGUUGACGACGAAUUAGAGCAGGCGUCCAAAGGCGAUGUCCUCUGGCCGAGCUACUAUCAAGUGUGCAUCAUCGGUCGCACUGAACUCACAAGCCUUCGCUUCUUACCUGAAGAUCUACGGCCUCCUGCUGCAACGGAGCUGGCCAAGUGGCGAUUAGGGUUAUCCGACGAAUAUACCGGCCGUAAACGCCGUACUUAUCGUCGUGACAGCCGCCGCGACUCCUCAGAAACUAUGUCGUCUUCCGCCUCGAGUUCUUCACGUGCUUCUUCGAGGUCAUCCAGUCGUGAUUCAUCUUCUGUAGCGUCAUCACUGGCUUCCGUUGCAGGCUCUUGGAAAGCAACAUGCGCCAAAGCAAUGAAAGAUUACCUCAGCUCUCCGAUACGAAACAAAGAUCGACGCGGUGGACGAUAUCAUCGUGGUCCUCAACGUAGUCCGAGCGCGUCUUCUGUUUCAAAUAGUCAGUCAUCUGAUUCCCGGUCCGGCUCAGAUCGUUCUACCGAUCACCGAGGUUCCCAACGCCACGGCUAUGGAAGCACGGUAGAUGACAGCAUGAUGGCUAGCUCUGGCCAGCGCCUUUGGACCGAUGGGAAGCGCGGUUCUCGACGUUCUAGAUCCGAAUCUGAACAAUCCUCGGCUUCUCGUUCUGGCUCACAGUCUUCCACUUCUCGACCAGCGGUGCGUAAGGGCCGGCAAGAUUGGAAGCGUGGUGCCCGUCGGAACAUGACGCACGAGGACGAGGAUGAGCAGUGGCAGGGAUCUGGGGAUCAAUCUGGUUCCGAUUCUUCGGUUAGACGGCGUUCCGAUGUUCCUCCGCUGCCACACGAGCGACCCGUUAAACGUCCCUGGGUUGCCGCUCCUUCACUGGCCACAAGUAUAUUAACAGCGCCCCCUAAUCAAGCUGCGGUUCUUCGGACCCGCUCACGGGAAGAUUCCAACUCAAGCGCUCACUCUGGUGGUUCCAAUGCUUCUCCAACUGCGGAUGAUAAGCGAUUCAUCACGUCGUGGUCCAAAAGUCCUUCUUCAGACGAGGGCCAACGACCUAGUCGUGGCGCUGUUCGUCGACAGCGGCUCCCCGAUGUCGUGCCCGGAAGUCACGCCGGUCACGUCCGCGGUACAGCUACUCCGCGUCGAAAGAAGAGCCGUAGUCCUUAUCUUAUCGACCAACGCCAAAGAGGCACGGGACCCGAAGUGCCUGAACCACCCCAUCCAGCAAAUGAAUUUUCCAUACCACACCGGUCUGCCCAACCACCCCCACAAGAGGGCAGAGAUGCCCCACCAUUGGUGUCCCCAGCGCUUCAGCUUAGACAGGAGCCCCCUAGCGAACCCACUCUUGUCACUUCCGCUCAACCAACGACCACUGCAGGCGAAUUGCCAUCCGCCUCCAAUCGUCCCGGAGUGCGUAUGACGUUGGCUCCAAGAAUCAAAGCUUCCACUGUCGAUAUGACCAACUUGGCCGGUGGGGUUACGCGCACCACUACUGGACGCACUUUUCAGCCAUCGCCGCCACGCGUUCCACGUUUACCAUUCCCAGUUCCGUCAAUGAAUCGCGGGGUAUCUCCCUCCGCCCCUGGUCAUCCGCUGCCUAAUUUUCCAAACACCAUCGACCAGAACGAAAUCCGUCGACAAGCCGAGGCGGCUGCGGCGAUUGUUGAGGAACGAGAACGCCGACGUGCAGCUGCCGAAGCUGCUAAAAGGCGUCGGAACCCUAAUCACAAGAAACGAGAUGACUUGUCUAAAAUACCGAUACGUGGACGGCCAACUUACAGAAGAUUAUCUUUCUCGGACUCUUCUCUUGAUUCCGGUAGCUCCUCUCGUUCCAGGUCUUCAUCGAGAUCUGGACAGGAUUCCCACUCUCGUCACCAAUCGCCGGUCGAUGUGUCUGAUACUGCGCGCCUACCUCAAGAUGCGCGCAACAUUCAAAUAACUAUCGAUCAACGACCUCACAAAUCUCACAAACGAACUCGGCCGAUGAUAACCCCCGACUACGGUCGUGUUGGGCCUGUGGAUGAUGGUUUUAGCAAGGGCAACCGCCCGAUCGUUCGCGGACCACCUCCUGAUGAGUACUCUCGAGAGUUCUUUGAAGGGGUCGACGCUAGGCAGCACCGUAUGAAAGCCGGUCACGAGACUUCUCAUCGUCACCGUUCCGAUCGUAUUCCCAAGACAAAUAUUCCCACACACAGAUCCUCUCAUACACAAAUGCAAAAUAUGUACGGAGAGUAUAGCGUGGACCAGCAAUCAGGUGUUCCAGGCGCUGGAUUUCGUCAUCGUGAGCCUAAAUCAUUCGACUUGCCCAACCAGGCGAAGCACGGGAUGGUGUAUGAUGACGCGAUGCAACGUUACGAGGCUGGCGGUCGCCGUGGGGGCAUGGUCUAUACUCAACAGCAGCAACAGCAGGCACAAGUGUUGGAGCGUCCCAGAAGGCCCAGGACGCCACAUGCCGAUUUAACCGAUGGGAUUUACAAUACUCGCUCUCCUCAUAUGAAUGUCAACCUCCAUCGCACGAUCAAGAAUGACCGUAAGCGCGUUGAAGAGAGAAGUGAAGACAUCUUUGCCCCCGCGCCAAGUCGAAAACGUGCUUUGAUUGUGGAACAAGAAUUCGAACCAGGAAGCAACGUUGACAUACGACGAGCGCGUAGUCGCCAUCGAAGCCGUGGACCUGGUGCUCCCAUUGAUCGUUCUGAGCCGUUUGAGUCUGACGCUGGUAGCUUUGCAGCUGAACAGCGCUUACGCGAAUUACGGGAACGUCUCAAUUUGGUUGAUGAUGCCAUCGCUGAAUUAAAGGCCGGUUCCGCUACUGGCUAUGUAGACGCUCGCAGAUAAUGUUAAUCCAUUUUUAACCGGACCCCACAUUUCCCCCUAUGCGUUGUUGUCCCGUGUAUUAUAUCCCCACGUAAUUACCCUUACGUUUUUCUCCUAAACCUUCGAACUUUCCACCAAUUACACUUAUCCACGCGUCUGCUUGUUUGUUGUAAUCAUUCUUCUGAAAAUGCCAGAAUCCCGCCAUUCGC